CUCAAGGCUGUGCCGAGUGGACCUCCAGAGCAAUAGCAUGGAGGAGGUCGAGCGCGGGGCGCUGGGUGGGCUACCGGCAUUGCGCGAGGUCUACCUGGGCGCCAACAGCCUCUCCACGUUCCCUGCCUCCGCGUUCGCCCCCCCGCUGCCCGCUCCUGCCGCCACUGCUGCCAGCGUCCUCAUCGGCGGCGACAGUGACAACGCCGUUGGCGACGUCUGCGACGCCGGUAGCUGCGAUGUCGCGAACGCCGACAUUAGUGUCAGGAGCGGCGGCAGCGGCGGCAGCGGCGGCAGCGGCGGCAGCGGCGGCAGCGGCGUCGCCACCUUGGAUCUCGGCUCCAAUUCGAUCUCCUUGCUCCACGCCGAUGACCUCCGGUGGCUGCUGGAACUGAGGACCCUGAACCUUUCCAAGAACCAAAUCACCGAGGUGUCCUCGGGCUUCCUGCGCGGUCCCCGUCGCCUCCGGCGCCUGCUCAUGUCCGCCAAUCGGCUCAUGAGCGUGGCCGGCAUCUUCCCCGAGGACCUGGGCCUCCUGGAGGCCCUCGACCUGCGCAGCAAUUAUCUGUCCAAGCUGCCGGCGGGAAACUUCGCCAACCUCACCUCGCUCCUGUUGCUCAACGUUGCCGACAACCAGAUCACGGAGGCGGAGGACGGCGCGUUCGACGGCCUCGCCGCCCUAGGCCGCCUCGACCUGGGCGGCAAUAAGCUGGGCCUGCAGCCCCUGGGACCGCGGGCGUUCGAGGGCCUCGUCAACCUCACCAACCUGGAGUUCAACAACAACUACCUGCACUACGCGUCCGCGGGCGCCGUCCACAGCCCGCCGUUCGCUCCCCUCCGCAGCCUCACCCACCUCUUCCUCAACAGCCAGCGCAGGGACGGCAUGGUCAACUUCCCAUCCAACUUCCUGGAGGGCCUGGCCACCCUGCAGGAGCUCCACGCCGGGGAGCUCUACCUGUCGGUGCUGGACGCUGGCACGUUCCUGCCGACGCCAAACCUGCGCUACCUGGACUUGGGCUCCAACCCGCUGUGCGGCGUGGAGCCGGCGCUGCUGCGGCCAGUGCCGCUCCUCGACGAGCUGCACCUGCGCGGCGUCCGCCUGGACGACGUCACCUUCCUGUCCCGGCUCAACCUGAGCCUCCUGCGGGUGCUACGCGUGAGCAACAACCGCGUCGGCGAGGUGUCCUCCGCCGAGCUCGGGGCGCUGCCGCGCCUGCAGCUGCUCGACGUCGUGGGCAACCCCCUCUCCUGCGGCUGUGACAACGCAUGGCUGCGCGACUUCCUGCUAAACUCGAGCCGCGUGCAAGCGCCGGGGCUGUGGCACGUCCGCUGCGGGUUCCCGCUGUCCCGGCGCGGCGAGCUCUUCGUGCGUUUCGACGCGAGCCAGUGCCGCGACCGCUCCGGGCCGCUGCUCUUCGCCUGCUGCUCGUGCGCCGUCGCCCUCGUCAUGCUCACCGCCACCGUCUUCAGGUUCUGGCGCUGGCACCUGCUCUACGGGUAUCACCUGCUCGCCGCUUGGCUCGGGGAGCGCGGGAAGCCCGCGCGGCAGCCCGGCCCGAUACGCUACGACGCGUUCGUGUCCUACAACAGCGACGACGAAGAGUGGGUCACGCGCCAGCUGCUACCGCAACUCGAGGGCGCCGGCAUGCGCCUCUGUCUGCACCACCGCGACUUCGUGCCGGGCAAGGACAUCGUGGACAACAUCAUGGACGGCAUCUACACGAGCCGGCGCACGCUGUGCGUCGUGACGCGGAGCUACCUGCGCAGCGAGUGGUGCUCCAAGGAGCUGCAGGUGGCGGCGUUCCGUCUCUUCGAGGAGAACCAGGACGUCCUCGUGCUCCUCUUCCUCGAGCACAUCCCUCACAACGAGCUGUCCGCCUACUUCCGCAUGCGCCGCACCAUCCGCUCGCGCACCUACAUCACCUGGCCCGGCGCCCGGGAAGACUCGUUCGCCCGGCGGGGCCGGCGGGGCCGCUCGGUGACCCCCGCGGGGUCGGAGGGCGCCUGCAAGCUCUUCUGGCACCGCGUGGUCGGCGCGCUAGGGCCCGGGGGGCGCGGGGACGAGGGGUACGGGGUCGCAGAGGAAGGGGGUCCGCUGGGAGCCCCGCUGGUGCACGCCUGCUGACCCGCUCGCCGUGGCGAUGGUGACAAUGGUUGAAGGUGGCGUUGGUCGCAAUGAUGGUGAUGCCUGCUCAAGGCAACCGAACAAAUGUCCAAGUUUGGUCGGCGGGUUCGUAAUGGCAGUGUCCCGUAUCCACCCGCAUGCCUUCUCCCCACCGCCUGUUGCUUUUGUGAGAAUGUGGAGUUUAGUGCUGGGUGUAACAUCUUGUGGGUUCGUCCUCAACUCUUUAGGCAGUGCUACCGGAGCAGUGGGUGAGGCUGAUGUUAAGACAUGGCAAAUGGAGCGCUAGCUGAACGGGGCUAGUGGCUGGGUGGGCCUGACGAUAUAAAAAGUGGGUGUGGCUAUGCAAAUGCAUCUGAGCAGGGGGGGGGGGCACUGAGUGGGUGGUGCUGGUGAUUGAUCGUUAACGCCAGGGUGCAUUGGUGUUAAGAAAUCGAGUGCUUUGACAUUUAGGGAAUGUUCGUGAUACUUAACGUUUAUUAUUGUUGUGGUCCAUGUCCAUGAAUAAAAACACAUUGUCUGACCCCUCCACCACCCAACAGGGUCGUCGCGUUUACACAGCUGAAAUUAUCAUUAUUAUUUAUGCGCUCCUCGCGAACCCGAGCUCGACAUCGGUGUGGGGCCACCGCUUUUGGCCCGGAGCUCGGCGUCGCUCGUCCCAGCAGGGAGAGGGGCGCGACGACGAAGCCUUAGGGAACGGCGUCGCCACCUUCGUCAUCCCUGGGGUUGAGAAUCAAUGGACAAAACACACAGCACGCGAGCGUCGGUGUGGAUAGUAACACGCGCAGUACGCAUGCACGCAGAGUACACGUACGCAUGCACGCGCAGUACACACAAUCUACACGUGCAGUACACACGCGCGGUGCACAACCAGUAUGCACCGCACGUGGCCAAGCGUGCAACAGCGCACACGCUACUGCGUAUUCACCCGGUCUUGUGAACGGACGGACCGGACACUUGGGAGGCCACCCACCCCGGUGGCUGCCAGCUGACUCUGUGCUCCGAGUUCCACCUGCGACAGGGAGCGCACGUUGGCUACCUGAAGACGUGACUCAGAAACACGGCCCUUACCUUGCAGCUACACACCAGGGCUGUAGGCCACGGGCUGUCGAACAAGAGUUCAGAGCAUCUAGUGAGAAAAGAACUGUCAAGGGUCGCCCCUAGGUUGACUCAGCCUUAAUCGAGCUCAGCGUUUGAGGGUGUAAACAUUGGAACUGGGGGGGAGACAAUGGCGCCCUGCGUGGAGGACAGGUGGCGGCAGUGAAGCGAUGCGUGUAUCGAGUGUCCCGUGUGACACGCGUGUCCUCCUACGCGUCCCAUCGCAUGUUCUCCCGUAUGACCCGCGUAUUCACCCGUGUGACCUCCCACGUGACCUGUGUGUCCUCCCACGUGUCCUCCUACGUGUCGCACCAAUCUUCUUCUUGUCAUAUGGCUGAUGUAGAUGCAGAGCAACAACUAUUAUUUCACAUUCGGGUGGCCAAGGCAGACCGCGUUACCAGGAGCAGCGGAGUGUAUCGUCGCUGUGAUGUCUCCUUCGUAUUUGUGGA